AUUUUAUGUUUCAAAAGUUUUAUUCACCGUCCUUACAUAUUUUACAUAUUUCUCACCUGUACGAUUACAGGUAGAAACGUAUUUCGAAGGUGAAGGACGUUACUGGAAAAAGUUGAAGUUCUAAAGCAAAGGAUGCAAUCAUGGAAAAAGUUUACUGGUGCUAGUGCAUGAUAUAAAAAACAAGUCGCUGGUGGUCAAGUAUUUGUAAAUUCAUGAAGCUAUGAAAAUCGUAGGCUAACAUUUUUUUAAAACAGCCAUGCGACGACAUAACAAAAAUCGUGAAUCGGAGAUUGUAAACACUGAGUCAAGGGACACAACUCUAUCAAAACUUUUAGGUGUUUAUAUACUUGUUUGUUUUGUUGUUUCUGCAUCUUGGGCCAUUGGACAUUACCAGUGUUCAUUUUUAUGGGUAUUUUUGUUGAUAAGUGGAUUGUUUGUAUUAUGGAAGACCAAAUUAACGAAUAUAGUGCAAAACAGAAUGUGCCAAGAGGAGAUAAGAAUUCACAGAAAGAGAGCACUUAGACAGAGUGAAACAGUAGAAUGGUUCAACUUUCUUAUAAAUAGAUGGUGGGUGUUUAAUGCUGAUACAAUAGAAGAAGUUGUAAAGAAGAGACUUGAAGACAGAUUAUAUGCAAUAAAACCUUCUUAUUUAGAUAAACUUAGUUUAGAAGUCUUUACUUUUGGUGACCACACUCCUUCCAUAAAAUAUAUCCGUACCUUUGAGUACAUGGAUGGAGUGCCAGGAGGCAGGAAACCAGUUUCAUGGGUUAAUAUCAAUACGCCACCCACAGGACUGGACAAAGUGUCAUCCUAUCAACUUGUAUGUGAAGUUGAUACACAGAAUCUAUUGGACCAGUUCCAGAUGGUUUUUGCUGCUAGAGUGGGUAGAGGAAGGGCUAGUUUAGGAUUUAAGAUAGCAGUUGAACAGCUGAGAAUGUCUGGUAUUCUACAGGUUGUUUUACAUAUGUCAAAAGACAUUCCAUUUCCUCACAUAUUAAAAGCUAGUUUGUCAUUCAUUGAUAAACCUGAGGUACAGUUUAAUCUAAAUGUUCUGAAAGCAGUGAACCUUACAGAGUUACCAUUGUUGAAGAAUUGGAUAUACGAUCAGGUGAUGGAUGGAUUGGCUAAAGCCAUGGUAGAUCCUGGACAGAUAAAUAUUCCUAUAGCUAGAGUUGGUGCUGUACAGUUAAAGAAACCAGGGGAAAACAAAGCACAGAAAUUAGCACAAGGAGUUCUGACAAUACAUAUUCUAGGGAAGCCAACUAAGAAUGGAGAUACAGAAGAUGUGCGUUACUCCACAUUACGACUGGGAGAACAGAAACGUACAACACAUGACGAGUUGGCCAUCAAUGAAUGGGAUGAUAUCUGCUCAUUCUUUGUUUAUAAUCUCAAAAAAGAAAAGAUAACAUUAAAAAGUAAAUGUCACAGACUGUUGAGUAAUGUCACACUACAACAACAUGUAAUAGAGUUGUCUUCCUUACCAUUUAAUCUGCAACAAAAUAUAAAUACAACAGUAGAGAAUACUGAUGGUAGUACAUAUGAACUAAAGUUACAGUAUACACCACUUCCUCAGGUAGAUCUAGAAAGACAACCAGAUAUACAAACAUCUGAUAACAAAUCUGGUGUAAUGUAUAUAUGUAUCCAUGGAGCCAGUAACUUGAUAGCUUCAGACAGAAAUGGGACCUCUGAUCCUUACUGUGUGGCAUUCUGUGACAGGAGAAGAUUGUUAACCACGCCUUUUGUGAAAAAUACGUUAACACCAAGAUGGGAUUCGAGUGUGGAAUUUUUUGUCAAAGAUUUUACGAAUGUUACGUUGUCAUUCUAUGUUUUUGAUUGGGAUGGAACCAAUAUUAUAGAAGAUGAUUUCUUAGGAUCAGCUUUCUGUACAGUAUCAGAGGAAGAGCCUGCAGUGAUAAGGAAACAGUUGACCUUGGGAUACAACAAAUCAUCUGAAGGUUAUGUCACAGAUGCAGCUUAUGGAAAGAUUGUGGUCUCUUUAGUGUUUAGACCUGUUACUUCAGUAGAGAAAUCAGAAAGAUACAGAGUAGCAAGCUUGAGUGACAGCGGGAAGAGAGAUUACUUGUAUAAUGAAGAUCUUGUAUCCCCUUCUUCUGCUCCUACAACAUCAAGAUCAUCCUUUCAUCGGAAUGACCAGGGAGGAGGACCAAAUCAUCAGACAUCUAAGAAAGUUACACUGGCUGAAUUAUACCCAACAACUAAAACUAUGGUAGAUUUGACAAUUCUUCAAGGCAGAGAUUUGAUUGCAAUGGACAGAAAUGGAUUUAGUGAUCCCUUCUGUAUAGUAAAGAUGGGAGAGAAGAGAUUACUGAAGACCACAGUGAAGAAGAAAACAUUAUUCCCUAAGUGGAAUGAGAGUACUACAUUUGAAUUCAAUGAUGAAAGCCAAAUGAUUGAAAUUCUGCUGUAUGAUAAAGAUUUUAUAUCAGAUGAUUUCCUGGGAAAAGCUAUGCUAUCUCUUGAUAAACUGAGAGAAAUUUCUUACAAGGACUCAUCAGAAUGGAUAAAGUUACAAAGAACUAAAUCUGGUAUGUUACAGAUCAAGUGCACUGUUACAACAAAUGGAGUUCCUAUGAAAAGAGAUAAUGAUACCAAUUCAAAUCCAGAAAGUGAGGUGUUUAAAUCUGAAACUACUCCAGCAUUACAGGCUAUGCCUGAUAGAUCUACAGAACAAAAUCACAAAAUGAAUGGUCAAGUUAGGAAAGAUAUGAAACCAGACAUCUUACCACAUGUUGAUGAACUUGAUUCUAGACAUCCUAUCAAGGAGGAAACUGUGGUAAUGAGACAUGAUUCUAAAGUGUCAUCUCAACCGCCUCCAAGUCAGGAAUUACAUGAUGAUGGAACAUCAGCAGAACCUAAAAAGAUAGAUACCUCGCUACAAAAUGGUAACCAUGAAAAAACUGAGAGCCCUCCUAAACAGAGAAAAAGUCAAACUUCUCCUCACCAGAAAAGAGUAGAGGGGGAGAAUCAGAGGACACCUAAACAACUUGGAAGUCCUGUUCCAUCUGAACAAAGUAAGUCCCCAACUGAGAGUAGGGGUAGAGUACAGGGAAGAGGGAGAAACUCCUCCCAACAUGUCGAAUCUCAGGCGGAUGGUAGUCCCUAUCAGCCAGGUCAUCCUCAUUACAUCCGUCACAGUAGUCCAUCACGACGUAGUCAUAGGACAUCAAGAGAAACAUUGAUUGAUAACCCAUCGACAGGUCCCUCUGUAGACUCAUACCGAUCAUCACCAUCAGGGCAGGGAGGUCGUAGAGGGAGAGAGAAUUCACAGAAGUCACCAUUGAUGAGGUCCCAGUCAGACAUGACAGUAAACAGUAGACCAGGGUACACAUCAUUAAUGCUUCCUGAUAGAGAGGGCAUGAAGCAUGGGGACUCAGGGGGUAAUAACUUCUUAAUUAAUAGAUGGAUGAAUUCAUUUACAUAUAGAGAAAAGGAUGACUCCUCUGAUGAGAGUAGUAGUCUUGUAGACCAUGAUAAAAUGUACAGUAUUAGUGGUGAAGUCCUGGAAGUCAGAGGACUACCAAAAUCUGUUAGUAAUUUCUACUGUAAAGUUAGACUUCAAAAUCCACAUACAAAGUUUAGAUUUGGGUCUAACAGUAGAGUGAUAGGAAAAUCAAAUUUAGUCAAAGCUGACAAUCCUGAAGUUAAUGCUAUAUUUGAGGUUGACAGAGGAGCUGGUACCAGUGUGGAUGCUUUAGUUAUAUUUGAUUUUUAUUUACAGGUUGACAGAGGAGCUGGUACCAGUGUAGAUGCUUUAGUUAUAUUUGAUAUAAAAGAUGGCAAGAAGCAGCAUGUGUCACAACAUUCCUUCACAAUUGGUCUGCUGUUCAUGGAUUACCAGGAAGGUGGAAUUACCAAAUGGUUAGCAUUGGGUCGUACAGGUGUAGAAGUUCUGGUUCACUUAAAGAAAGGAAAUCCAAACCCAAGGUUGAUGAGAAAACAUAAUAGGCAUAGUAUGAGGAUGCCAGGAGAGAAAAAAUAUCAGCAAAAUGAUGAUGAUUACAGACAGCAAUACCUUUGAGCUACUGCGGCAUUGUUUAUAAGAAGCAUUAGAUUCUCUGUUAUUUUAUUAUUAGAUAAUACACUUGUUUGCACAUAGAAACGUUAUUUUACCAACAUGUUUGAUACAGUAGGAUUUAGUUUGGAAUGAGUUAGAUGUAUAACAGUCAAAUUGUAAUGAAUAAUAGAUGGUUGUGUUGAUAUAAAUGGGAGACAACUAUACAGGUUUAUUUUCAUCUUAUGAUAAACAUUGCUUUAUGUAUCCUAUCUUUUUGCCCAUAUAGAUGGAAUCAAAAGACAACAAACAAUUUAGGAUAAAAAGCUGAUCAAUUUAAGCAUCUGGCAGGCUCAGGGGCCCCCAAAGUAGAUUUUUUUGGAGUGGAAUCUGUAAAAAGUCUGUAUAAACCAUAAAUAUAAACCAUAAAUAUAGCUUUAUUAUUUUCAAUAAAUAGUAUAAACAUUAUUGACCAAUGAAAACAAAUCAUUUUUUACCGUAAAAGUAGUAGACCAAUUUGUUGUAGACCAAGUUUUGAGAAGUUUUACCCAUUAUUGCUUGUAUCAGCUUUUAAAUGAUUCUGGGCAUUUCUUCAUUCUCUGUACUAGACAUUUCGAAUAAGUAUUUCUUUGUACCAGGCAUUUUAAAAGAAUAUAUUUUUUUCUUCAAGGCAUUAUAAUUGGAUAUAAUUUCUUAGUACUGGGCAUUUUUAAUGGACAUAAUUUCUCGGUACUACAACAGUCUUGUUACAUAUUCUUUAAUGUUUACUUACCAGUUAUAUCUUUUACUAUGUAUAAAUUUAUAUUACCAAUAAGAAAACAGAACCAAAGAAUGAUGGUGUUUUUUUAGAUUAAACUUAACCUGUAUGGAGUUUUGUAUUCAUUUCUAGAACAGAUAAUUUUCAGGUAACAAUGUGCAAUAGUUGCUAUUUUGUCACACACAUAUAGCUAUAUAAUACUUACUCAGGGCAUUUGAAAAAAAAGUUACAGAAUACUGUAAGUAAAGAAAUAAGAAAAUUUAUCAAAAUGUUGUUUGAUGCAGAAAUAAAUGACAAAAAGAUUGUGAAAUAUCUCUCUGUUUAUAUUGUAAAAUAGGAUAAUAAAGACAAACUGUAGUUUGAACAAGAAUCUACACUGUUAACUAUUGAUGAAAUUAUAUUAUUUGUAUAUGUUAAAUUGUUAAAAGAUAUUUAUGAUAAAAUAUUUAUACUUGUAUGUGAUAUUUUGUUGUGCUCAAUUGUUAUAUAUUGGAUCUGCUGAGUAUUAGAUAAAGAUGAGCCGGAAGCAUGCUGCAUUGUCGGUUUGAUUAAAUGAAAUGCAAAUUACUAUUUGAUUUUAAAAAAAAAUAGUUUAAAUUUGUAAGAUGUAUGGUAGAAAAUGAAUAAAAAAACUUAAUAUUAAUCAA